GGCACAGCGGACACCAGGACUCCAAGAUGGCGUCAGUCGUACCAGUGAAGGACAAGAAACUUCUGGAGGUCAAACUGGGGGAGCUGCCAAGCUGGAUCUUGAUGCGGGACUUCAGCCCUAGUGGCAUUCUUGGAGCAUUUCAAAGAGGCCCUGGAGGGACCGGAAAGCCAGAAAUGAACCUCAUGAGACUCACUAGACUGUUCUCCAGGGCCCGCCCCAUGGGACUGUUCGUCCUGCAACACCUGGAUCCCUGUAGCGCCAGGUGGGCGGGAGGCAGGGAGGGGCUGAUGCGGCCAGUGUGGGUGGCCUUCAGCAGCUCCUCCUCUCAGCUGCCCCUCGGCCAGGAACACCCGGAGAACACGGGCAGCCUGGGCUCUGACCCGAGCCACUCCAACUCCACGGCCAUGCAGGAAGAAGACGAGGAGGAGGAGGAGAGUUUUGGGACCCUCUCUGACAAAUACUCCUCCCGGAGACUAUUCCACAAAUCCACAGCCCAGUUCCAUAACCUGCGGUUCAGGGAACAGAGAGAGGAGCCAGAGGAACCGGAGCCCAAAUUAUGGCAAGGCCGGAGAAACACCCCGUACUGGUACUUCUUGCAGUGCAAACGCCUGAUCAAGGAAGGGAAGCUGGUCGAAGCGCUGGACCUGUUUGAGAGGCAGAUGCUGAAGGAGGAGCGACUGCAGCCCAUGGAGAGCAACUACACGGUGCUGAUCGGGGGCUGCGGGCGGGUCGGCUACCUGAAGAAGGCCUUCAAGCUCUACAACCAGAUGAAAAAGCGGGACCUGGAGCCCUCAGACGCCACCUACACGGCCCUGUUCAACGUCUGUGCCGAGUCCCCCUGGAAGGACUCGGCUCUGCAGAGCGCCCUGAAACUCCGGCAGCAGCUGCAGGCCAAAAACAUCGAACUCAACUUGAAAACGUACCACGCGCUGCUGAAGAUGGCUGCCAAGUGUGCAGACCUUAGAAUGUGCCUUGAUGUGUUCAAGGUGGGGGGCUUCACCUGCCAUCCUGCUCCCCAUUGUGGGGCUGGUACCACGUGGCGGGGGCGGGGCUGUGGUGUCUGUCUCUCCUCAUGCAGGAAGGCUCAGAGAGGGUGAGACAGCCGGUACUAGGCACUGGGGUUCACAGACAGAUCUGAUGAGAUCCUGCUGGAGGUUGUGUGUGCUGCUGUGUGCUGUGUCCUGCUUUGUGCACUCGAGGGAAGGCUUCCUAGAAGGGGUGUUCUCUAUCCCCCAGUGGGCAGGCAGCGACCAAGGAGGACAGCCCAGGCCAAGGCAGGCAACCGCAUGUCAGCUGUGCUGCACGUGGAGGCCCUGGAGAGGCAGCUGUUUCUGGAACCUUCUCAGGCACUUGGGCCUCCAGAGCCUCAGGAAGCCAGAGUGCCCGGCAAGGCCCAGCCAGAGGUGGAAACCAAGGCAGAGCCCAGCCACACAGUGGCCCUGCCCCCUGUGGCCCUGAAGCCACCUCCCGUGGAGCUGGAAGUCAAUCUCCUGACCCCUGGGGCCGUUCCCCCCACCGUGGUCUCCUUUGGAACAGUGAGCACCCCAGCUGACAGGCUGGCCUUAAUAGGGGGCCUGGAGGGCUUCCUGAGCAAGAUGGCAGAGCAUAGGCAGCAGCCUGACAUCAGGACCCUCACGCUACUGGCCGAGGUGGUGGAGUCCGGGAGUCCUGCGGAGUCCUUGCUGCUGGCCCUCCUGGACAAACACCAGGUGGAGGCCGACCUGACAUUCUUUAACACGCUGGUGAGAAAGAAGAGCAAGCUGGGAGACCUGGAGGGGGCCAAGGCGCUGUUGCCAGUCCUGGCGAAGAGGGGCCUUGUCCCCAACCUGCAGACGUUCUGCAACCUGGCCAUCGGGUGCCACAGGCCGAAGGAUGGUCUGCAGCUGCUGACAGACAUGAAGAAGUCCCAGGUGACCCCCAACACUCACAUCUACAGCGCCCUCAUCAACGCGGCCGUCAGGAAGCUGGACUACACCUAUCUCAUCAACAUCUUGAAAGACAUGAAGCAGAACAGGGUCCCAGUGAACGAAGUGGUCAUCCGCCAGCUGGAGUUUGCAGCCCAGUACCCUCCGACCUUUGACCGGUACCAAGGGAGGAACACCUACCUGGCGAAGAUUGACGGCUUCCGAGCCUAUUACAAGCAGUGGUUGACAGUGAUGCCCGCAGAGGAAACCCUGCACCCCUGGCAGAAGUUCCGGACCAAGCCCCAGGAGGACCAGGACACUGGCAAGGAGGCUGAUGUGGACGGAUGUGCCCUUGGGGGCAGGUGAUGGGAGCACAGCUGAACAGCGUGCUCAGCCCUCAGUGCUCUGUGGGAGCCCCAGGACAAGUGAGCUGGUGUCACCUCCUGCCUGGGGGAAGAGCCAGGCCCUGAGGAACAGCUGCAGUGUGUCACGGGUGUUGGUGUGAGGACACAUGCUAGGCCCAAGGUGCCUGCACUCCCGGCAGGUCCAAGGGCAGCUCCAGCCACUUUCACAUGUCACCUUGGGUCUUCCAGCUCCAGUACCUUUGCGUGUCACCUCACACACCACAAGGGGACUGGGGCAUCUGGUCCCUGGGGCCUGGUGCCGCCCUGCCGGGUUCCACAGGCCAAUGCUCUGAAAGAAUAGACGCGGGGCCCGAGAGGUUUAAAGAUUUUAUUUUUACAAAUCACAACUGAUGGACAGCAAAGCCUUCCCCGUAGAGACCCGUGCUCCAACUUGGGCCUGGGGCACUGCUCGCUGCUCCCAGGAAGGGGGUGGCGCCACAGGCAGGAACCUGCGAAGUCCAGAGUCCAGGGUGGAGAGCGCUAGCAUCAGCCAGAGCAGCCACGGCAGCCACAGUGUGUGCACUCGAUGAUGCGGCCCUGCAAUAGAGGAGGACAUUGAGAUGAUGCCACUGCGCCACACUCGUCCCUGCACACUCACAUACGUGGCAACCCUCUGCCACCAUGCCAUAUAGGGACACACCUCAGAAACCCUUCUGUGACAGCUCUGGACGGAAAAUUUGGCUCCCUCAUGAAGGUGGAAACAGCUGCUAUUGAUACCAAGGUUACAUCUGUAUGUGUAGUUAUAAUACGUUAUGCAAAUCCAACACACGUUUGCCAAUCAAGAAAAAGAAAUCGGUGUGAA